CAUACUUUGAGGUAAGGACAUAGAGAGGUUAUUUGUGAUUUACAGCAAGAAAUUAAACAAUCCUAUGGGCAAGGAAAUUUGUCUAGAUUUGUUUUUGAAAUACCUUCAAAGAAAAUAUUGGGUAAAUUCUAACAGAUCAAAUUAUAGAAAAAAUGAUUCUCAAAAAAUGUGUGGAUUGCAUCUUCUUAGACACAAGGCAUUGGUUAAAGUCAAAAAUUGAUGUACCAAUAAAAAUGAAAAUACAAAUAAACAAAUAUUCAACUGAGAUAAAAAGUUCAGCAGAAAAGUAUAUUAUAAAGAGCCCAUACAACAUAGAAAUACCCAAGAAAACAUAUACUGAACUCAUUUGGGAGCGUUAUAACAAAUGGAAAAAUCAUGAAGCCAUUGUCUGUGGGAUAACUAAUAAAAAAUAUACAUUUACGGACCUAAAAGAAUAUUCCACAAUAAUUGGAAAAUGUUUAGUUAAUGAAGGCUUAUGUGGUGGAGAUGUUCUGGCGAUUGUACUCCCGAACAGUCCAGAAUACAUCAGUAUUAUUUUAGGUGCAUCGGGAAGAGGUCUGACAAUAUGUUCAAUAAACCAUUUAUAUACGCCAGGUGAAAAAUAUCUCUCAUCAUUAAGGUAAAAAGUCCUAGAAUUAAAUUAUAGGAACUAAUUAUAAUCAACACUUGAUUAUUAUUUUUUUAAAUGUAUAACUAAAAAUUGUAACUAUUAUAAUAAACAUAAUAUCAUCCCUACAAAGAAUCCAAAUGUUUAUAUGCUAAAAAAAAUGGAUCACUCAUCAAUUUACUACUUAUAUAAAAUUUAGAACUGUUUAACUUUAUUUUAAUAUUUUUUCCAGAUGAAAUAUCUCAUCAAAUCAUGAAUUCGGGAGCCAAAAAGAUCAUAACAUAUCCUGAAAAAGUACAAGAUGUGAUGAAAGCAGUUGAUAAUCUUAAAGCAGCUAAAUGUCUACCUCCAAAUUUCAAAAUAUUAUCGAUCCGAGUGGAUGAGAAAAGUAGUACAAACCUACCUAAAGAUAUAAUAAGCUUAAAUGAUUUAGUAAACAGAUCGGCAGUUACUAAUAGUCCCAAGAUUGUGCCCUCUAUUAUAGCUGAUGAAUCUCUGGCAUUCAUAUCGCAUUCCAGUGGAACUACUGGUUUACCAAAAGGAGUUUGCCUGACACACAAAAAUGUUGUAGCAUCAAUUUUACAGAUGAUGGAAAAACAUACAACAUUUUUUAAAGAAACUAACGAUAAUCAUCAAGAUGUUAUACCUAUUUUUCUACCAAUUUUUCAUAAUUAUGCUCUUGAAAUGGUUUUAUGUGCUUUAUAUAAUGGAUCUAAAAUUGUAACUCUUCCAAAAUUUGAAGAAAGGACGUUCUUAUCCACCUUCAAGCAACAUAAAGCAACAAUACUGUUCGCAGUUCCUCCUACAAUACUUUUUCUUGGAUCAAAUCCAUCAGUCACUGAAGAACAUCUGAAAUAUUUAAGAGUUAUUUGUUCAGCAGCAGCACCCCUCGGUAAAGAUGAUAUUGACCGGUGCUUGAAGAAAACUCCGAAAGAUAUAAAUAUCAUACACGCAUAUGGACAGACUGAAGCCAUGUGCUGUCUUACUCAUACACCUUUUGGUCACAAAAAUUAUACUUCAGUUGGUAAAGCAUUGGCCAAUACAGAACUCAAAGUUGUUGAUCUUCUAACUGGUAAUUCGAAAGGGCCUAAUGAAGAAGGAGAAAUUUGCUUUAGGGGACCACAAAUGUCACUAGGAUAUUUGAAUAACCCAGAAGCUACCAAAGAAGCUAUAGAUGCUGAAGGUUGGUUUCACACUGGCGAUGUUGGUUACUAUGACAAAGAUGGAUUUUUUUAUAUUGUCGACAGGAUCAAAGAAAUGAUAAAAGUUAAAGGAUUUCAGGUUGCUCCUGCUGAAUUGGAACACGUACUUCGGAGUAUACCAGAAAUAGAUGCAGCAGGUGUCAUCGGUAUUCCAGAUCCAAGAAAAGGUGAAGUUCCUGUAGCAUUUAUCAAGAAGAAAAGCGGGUCAUCGAUUACUGAGAGUGCCAUCCACGAAUUCCUAGCCAGCAAAGUUGCACCUUUUAAAUUAAUAGAAAAAUACAUUUAUGUUGAAUCAAUACCUACAUCUCAAUCAGGAAAAAUUUUAAGAAAGGAACUGAAAAAGAUGUAUAAACCAGUGAACUAAAUAACCUCUUAUUUGUCGUCAUUUGUUGGAGAAAGUGAUAAACAUAUUUUAAUUUCAAUACUGUCUUUCUUAAACUAUACAGAAAUGAUUUUUAUUUUGUUAAUUAAGUGAGAUGAUGAUAAAUUUGUAAUCCUCAUAUUAACUUUAAUUCAACUACCAUCACUCAUGUUUUUUUUAAUUUUUUUUUUAAGCCCAUGGAUUUACUUUUGUUAAUAUUAUGAAAUAAUGAAAUUUUACUAACAUUGGUUUGUAGUCCUUCU